UUCUUAAGUGAUAGAUAAUUGAAAAAGUUUGCUUCUAUUGUGAACCUUUUGCUUUGUGCUGCAUGAAAUAAGUGGAAAAUUUGGAAAAUAAUGAAUUUUCAUUUGUAGUUUACUAUCAGUGAGAUUUAAGUGAAGUGGAUCCAAUUCAGUUGACUGAUUGAUCUCAAGUUCAAAAUUAGCUUUUAAGUUGUGAAUAAUACCAAAAACUUUGUUGUCCUUAUUAGAUGAUUUCCAAAUUUGAAUGCAUAGAAAUUUGCACAGAACGCGCAACAAAAGUAAUAUUUUGCCAAAAAUUAUUGAAAAAAAUGUCCACAUAAACCUACUUAUUGUCACCCGAAGCAAUAAUCCGCUUUAUGUAAUUGGAAAUUGCAGAAUUUGCAGGAAAUGCAUGCAUAAGUUAUUUGGUUUAGUCUUUCCGCUAUUAACAACCAAUAAAUUAAUAUUUUUAGACUGAAUUCUGACAACCGGCAAGUAAACGAACAACGGAAUGGAGAAAAAAAAGAUAAAUAUGAUAUAAAUGGAAUGCUUUGAAGCUGACCAUGAAUACUUAUUUAAAAAAUAAUUUAAUUAUGUUUUAUUUUAGUGGCAAACUUGCUAAGCAACAUUUCAGGAGCAUUUAGUUGAUAUGAAUAACUUAAAAACAGUCGAAUCAAUUAUUACAAGUUUAGGCUGCAAGUGGAACUAUUGAAUAUUUUCUGAUUAUAUUGAUAAUAUUCCUUUUUUAUAUUUUGCAUUUGUUCUCUGAUGGUUCAUUCUUUCGUUUUGUUAGUGAUGUUUUAAUUUUUCUUUGGAUUUUUUAAGUUUUCUAAAAAAUAUUGCAAAUACUGGCAGUCAUUUUUAUUAUAAAACAAUUUCAACUACAUGUUUAGAAACUUUUUAAAUGAAACGACACACGAAUGGUUUUCUAGUUUCUAGUUGGAAUUAAGUCAGUUUGGAAUAGAUUUAUUUAAAUAAAAUCAUCGAUUAUCAUCGUCGUCAGAAUGAUCCCUGAAAUAUUUAUACAGAUUAAGCAAACAUUUUUUGAAAUAUACAUCAGGAGCUGAAAAUCUACUGUUUUGCUAAUGCUCGUAACAUGUACAAUGUAGAAUCUAGAAACUAUUUAAAAUUAAUUGAUAACGUUCCUUUAUUCAUUUAUAUUUUAGUAAAUUCCUGGAGAAGAAGCAAUCGUUAGCUCAAAUAUACACCAACAGCUGAAGCAUGAACAAAUAUUUCCAGUGCAAGUGAAAUAUGAAACUUUAUAUAACAUUUGUUCUCAACAAACUUUGAAUUAUUUCAAGUUAUAUUUUCGUUUAGAAAUUUUGGACUUGUCACGAGAAAACGCAUUUAAAUGCGGUUUCAAAUUCAAAAUUAGUCAAACUAUCUUGCAUUUUCGAGUUCUUUUAAAAUAAUUUAUUCGUUGGAAAGAAACAAUUGGUGAUAAUUUCCCCUUUAUCCAACUAUUCUGUGAUGGAAUAUAUUUUCUAGAAUGAUUUUUUUUUUAAACUAAUAAAGUGGAGAUCUAAAAUGUUAUGCAUAUAUAAUUGUUUUUAUAAUAUUAACAAAAAAUGUAUCAAAUGCCCGAAAUUUUUCAAAUCCUUGACUCGAAUCUUGAGUCUACUGAUCUUCCAGAAAUUUUGCCACCAUCGAACCCUCAACUUUCAUCUUCAGAAACUUUAGCUGGUCUUCAUCUGAUAUUAACAGAAAAACAAUUGACAAACAAACACAGCUAUAUUUUUUGAUCCUCAAAGUGAUGCAGCAUUUAGAUUUUUUCGCUGGUUCUAUUUUAAGGACUUUGAGCCUGGUUUGUUUGUUAAAAACAUAAUUACCUUGCCAAGCAAUUGAAACAUAUUUUUUGCAUCAAUUUGUCAUUAUUUUUAGCGUGAAAUAAUGUACAAAUUAACAGGUUUCCGACUUGUCGUUUAAAUGGAAACACUAGUAAAACCAGCCAAAUGGUUGAGGAUCGCAAAACAUAUUGGUUGAAUCAACCUUGCGAAUGGUGCAUUUCAAUGAUAACUACAAUUCUAUCUUUAGCCCUGGAUGUUUGUUGUCCAAUUUAUCAAUAAGUCAUAAAACCAUCUUGAACUCGCAUACUUUUACAACAAUCGCAAUCAAUUGAUACUGAUAUAUCCCAAAAAACGUCCAACCUUCUUACUCUUAUCUAGGCUUUCGACAUUCAGAUAAUCAUUCCGAAACAUUUAAAUAGUUAAUAUGCUGUUUUGUUAAUAUCAGGCAAAAAGUGCAACUAAUUAAGAACUACGUCUCAUCCAAUGGCAAUGCAAAAGCAUAUAACAGGCGCAGUUCACUUAAUAAGAGUCGGUUUGAUUGGAAAUAUAUUUUCUAUGUCCUCGACCGUGGGACUUUUGUUUUUAAUGUCCAGUUGGAAGGUUGGCAAGAAGACCUUUGAUUCCGGGUUUUUCUAUUCGAGUUUUUCGACUUUAUCAGGUGAGUGAUUGUUGUACACUUCGAUCAAAAAGAUACCAGCUGCGGUUCAUUACAUACACACUAGACGCCUAAAGUGGUUUAACUUGAAACUCGAAAAAGCUGUUUGGUUUUUAACUUAUUCACAAUGACUGAUGGUGAAUUCAUUUUGCCAAGGGUCCAGUAUUCGCAUAACGGCUCCAAUCACGUAUCUGUCAUCGACAUGGAGACUUCGAAUAACUUCGAAAAACAUUCCGCCUCCGAUGUAGUUUCGCAAGCCCGAACAGCCUUCAAUAGUGGCAAAACUAAGCCGUAUGAAUUCCGAUUAGGGCAGCUAAAGAAUCUGAGAUUAUUUCUGGUGGAAAAUGGCCCGGUAAUAUGCAAAGCUUUGCACGACGACUUAAGGAAACCUGAGCAAGAAUCCUACAUCCUCGAAAUAAACUUUGUGAUUGUGGAAAUUGACUAUGCAAUCAAACACCUCAAAGAGUGGAUGAAGCCGGAAGUUCCGGAAAAACCUUUGUUGAACUUUUUUGAUAAGAUUAAAGUGUAUUCUGAUCCACUGGGGGUGGUUCUUGUUAUGGGGGCGUGGAACUAUCCAGUCAACCUGACAUUGAGUCCACUUGUAGGUGCUAUUGCUGCCGGAAAUUGCUGUGUUAUUAAGCCGUCCGAUCAAUCAACACACACAUCACGAAUUAUGCAUGAUCUCUUGCCCAAAUAUCUUGACAAGGACUGUUACCCCGUAUAUUUGGGUGGUAUUCCAGAAACAACAGAUCUAUUAAAAGAACGGUUUGAUUAUAUAUUUUACACUGGCUCGACCACAGUCGGAAAAAUCAUCCACAAAGCAGCUGCAAACCAUUUGACACCUUGCACUUUGGAGCUGGGAGGAAAAAGCCCGACCUUUAUUGAUUCUACUGCUGAUAUUGAAAUGGCCACCAAAAGGAUAAUUUGGGGAAAGUUUACCAAUUGCGGCCAAACUUGUGUGGCUCCCGACUAUAUUCUCUGUACCCAAGAAGUGGAGGAAAAAUUCCUCAAAUGCGCCGAAAAGUGCAUACAUGAAUUCUACGGCAACAGCAUCAAACAGUCUGAAAAUUUGGGUCGAAUGGUUAAUGAAAGGAGCUUUAUUAGGGUUUGCAAUCUUUUGAAAAACCAAAAACUGGCGCUGGGUGGCAAUGUUGAUGCUGGCGAACUGUACAUAUCACCCACGAUACUUGUGGAUGUUAAACCAAAUUCAGACGUCAUGAAUGAAGAAAUCUUUGGACCAGUUUUACCAAUUGUGCGCGUCAAAGACGCUGAAGAUGCAGUGAAAUUUAUCAACGAACGUGACAAACCCUUGGCUUUGUAUAUUUUCACUAAGAGUCAAAAGACGAAAGACUUAUUUAUAGAAAACACCAGCAGUGGAGGAGUGUGUAUUAACGAUGUUUUAAUGCAUAUCACCGUUGACUCUCUUCCGUUUGGGGGCGUGGGAAGUAGCGGAAUGGGCAGCUACCACGGCAAGAAGAGUUUCGACACUUUUGUCCAUAAAAAGUCGGUUUUGUUGCGAAGUUUCAAUGCAAUUGGUGAAACGGCUCAGUCUCCACGAUAUCCUCCAUACAGCGAAAAGAACACAAAACUGCUGAAAUUUGCCACCACGAUGUUAAGCAGAAGCAUCAACUUUACAAGAAUGUUUUCUUAUGUGGUGGUGUUUGCUUUAGGGGCAGGAAUUACUGUUGGGGGGUUUUACGUUACUAAGCACUUUGAGCAGAAGGAAUAACAUAUUUAUCAAGUUAUUAAUAAUAAUGUACGCAUUUAUUAGAAUUAUUGUGAUAUUUAAACACGAUCUACGCGUAAUUAGUGGUGCAAAUUUGGAGUUACCUUUCGGGCACUGUUGAAGAAGUUUUGGUUUUUUAAAAUAUAAGACCUAAUUCUGUAUUUCUGAAGUGUCGGUACUUGUGAUAGUUCUUAGGGUUUAGGUUUAUUAUGUACUGAUGAGUUGCGUUUAGGUACGUUUUUUCAGAUUAAAAUUAGGGCAUUUUGUUCGAAAUAUUCAUGUUCACAGAAGCUACAAAUUUCUAUGUGAUGUUCCCUGAUAUUAAAUAAAAUACAUUUUAUAUAAAAGUA